GUGAGUGCGCAGGCGCAGCCGACUCCUCAGCCGCUAAUAACUCGCCUCCGCGGUGCCGCCGGCGACGCCUGAGGAAGAUGGAGGAGGAAGGAAAGUUGAGGUUUUUCCAAAUGAGUUGCUCUGAGUGUUGGAGAAAAUAUUGAACAUAGCGACUUGGGCUAGGAAUCUUAAAUGAGGUAUAUCUUCCACAUCCUUGUAAAGUUUUGAAACCUUUUCCACAAUGCAUUUAAUACUGGUAUUCUUCUUUUAUGGAAUAAUUUGUUGCUCUGGUAGUCAUUCUGCUUAUGCACCAAUGCCCAGAUUACUACUGGUUUCUUUUGACGGCUUCAGGGCUGAUUAUCUGAAGAAAUAUGAAUUUCCACAUCUCCAGGAUUUUAUUAAGGAUGGUGUGUUAGUGGAAGACAUUACAAAUGCUUUCAUCACAAAAACCUUCCCAAAUCAUUACAGUAUAGUCACAGGGCUGUAUGAGGAAAGCCAUGGUAUUGUGGCAAAUGAAAUGUUUGAUGCUGCUACCCAAAAAACAUUUUCACAAUUCAGUGACAAAGACCCAUUUUGGUGGAAUGAGGCAGUUCCUAUUUGGGUGACCAACCAGUUGCAGGGAAACAGAACGAGUGCUUCUGCAAUGUGGCCUGGCACAGAUGUCAAAAUUCACAAUACUACCCCUCAUUUUUUUAUGAACUAUGAUUCUGCAGUAGGUUUCAAUGAACGGGUGGAAAACAUCAUUGCUUGGCUGAACAGUUCCAACUCCCUAGUCAGUUUUGCUACUCUUUAUUGGGAAGAACCAGAUGCAAGCGGGCACAAGUAUGGGCCAGAAGAUAUGAAAAACAUGACUGGAGUAUUAAAAGAAGUGGAUAAUUUGAUUGGCUUGCUUGUUGAGAAGCUAAAGGCUUCUAAAUUGUGGGAGGAAAUUAAUGUUAUAAUUACAAGUGAUCAUGGCAUGGCACAGUGUUCCCCGGACAGGCUGAUCAAACUGGAUGAGUGCAUUGACCGUAAUAGCUACACUCUAGUAGACAAGAGCCCAGUUGCUGCAAUACUGCCAAAAAAUGAAACAUAUGUAUAUAACUUAAUGAAAAAUUGCAGCACUCACAUGAAGAUUUAUCUUAAAGAAGAUAUUCCAGACCAUUACCACUACCAUCACAAUAAGCGCAUUCAGCCCAUAAUUUUGGUUGCUGAUGAAGGCUGGACUAUUGUACAGAAUGAGUCUCUUUCAAGGUUAGGAGACCAUGGCUAUGAUAACUCCCUUCCAAGUAUGCAUCCAUUUUUGGCAGCUCAUGGGCCUGCAUUUCGUAAAGGUUACAGGCAAAAUAGCAUUUAUACGGUUGAUAUUUAUCCAAUGAUGUGUCACAUCCUGGGCUUGAUGCCUCAGCCCAAUAAUGGCACCUUGAGCCACACCAAGUGCUUAUUAGCUGACCAGUGGUGUAUCAAUGUCCCUGAGGCCAUUGGAAUAGUCAUUGGUGUCUUCAUUGUAUUAACGACCCUUACGUGCCUUAUAAUAAUCAUGAAGAGCCGAACGGCUUCUGUGCAUCCAUUUUCCCGACUUCAGCUUCAGGAAGACGACGACGAUCCCUUAAUUGGAUAAUAUACACUGAUUUGUUUUGAAAACUGGAUAUGAUACGAAACUUACACUGGAUAACAUCUUAUGAUGCACUUUAAUAAAUACCAACCCAGAAGACUGCAGAAGAACAUUUCCUCUCUGAAAAAGACUCUGAAUACAGACCUGGUUUUGUAAUGGAAAAGGCAUUGCAUCGCUGUUAAACUUUCAGUUAAUAAAUUAUCUGCUAGAGUAGUAAGAUGAGGACUGUGAGAUUUAAAUGUUUGUAAAUGGUGAUGCUUUCAGGCAUUUCUUAUGUAACUCUGGAGAUACCCUGGCAACUCCUGAAGUCUGGUGGGGGCAGGAUCUGUUUCUGCUAGCUGAUGGAAAUAAUUAUUGCACUUUCUUGUAUUCAGCACAAUGCUGAAAGGGUAAAUUAUUUAAGUUAGAGGCAACUUAGCAACAGAAACCCUUAGUGCUAUGUAGAUCACAUCAGUCCCUGUAAGCUAGAAAUACCUUAUUGGGGAAAUGUGAAUAAAAACAUUUUAAAUGUUACUUCCUGCUGUGUGGAUUGCAGGCACGGAGGGCUUUUUAGUUGCAAACAUGGUGAAGCAACAUUUAAAUAUGCUGUGACUUAUUUUAUGUGUUUAUGUGCAUAUGGUAACUUCAGAAAUUUGGAAAUAUGCAUUUUUUAGUUUAUUUUAUGAACUUGCAAAACUGAUAGUACUUUAAAUUAGCAAUAGUAGACCAAAGCAGCUCCCAAGUUCUGCUUCUACUUUGUGGCUGCGUGUACCUCUGAUUGAUUUCUGUCUCUGGACAAGAUUAACAAUUUUUUGUUACCUAAAUAUAGACUCAAGUAGUUGAGAUUCCUUUCUGCUUUUAACCGACGAGUAAAAUGGGCAUACCUUGAUUUGAGCUAAGAAGUUACUAUGAAUAUUCAGGGUUGUUGUUGUUUUUAACUUCCUAGAAUCAUCCAACCUAUAUGCAGACUAUUUGUAAUUUGGACAAGGUACUAUACAGUUGAAUGUACGUCACUGAAGGUUAGAGGCUCAGGGAGAAAUGACCACUCGGUGUACAAAGUGGCCAUAUGUUUAAUCAUCAGUAUUUCAAGCAUGGCUAUAGAUUUGUACAGACCCUUUGCUCAUAGUUACAGCAAUGGGGUUAGAAUUCCUUUGGUUACACUCCAAAGUGACCAGUUAUAUUUUGAGUUGCUGUAAGGAAAAUAAACAAAUCUUUGUAGUAGCAAUAGUGGAAGGUGACAUUCUUUCAGAUUAGCGGUGUAAAUGUUGGUGAAGAUGCAGGUCCUGGGUUAUGCUUGGGGCUUUUCAUUGCCUCUUUUUGAGUCAUAGGCACCCUUGGGUAACCCUGCUUGAGGAGCUUCUGACACAAACAGCUUGUGUGCAAACAAAUUAACUUCGGAUUUGAGAGUGGUCUAUAAUCAUAGGAGCGGUGGUUUGCUAAAGGCAUUGGGAAUUGUGGGGUAAACGGGGGUUACCAGGAUUCUUUGGGAGAAGUAUUGUGGCUUAAAUGUACAGUGUGUGCAGCCUUUGAAGUCCGUCUUUAUGUAGUAUUAUGGGGGAGGAUCUUGUCUCUACUGCUGCUGGUGUUUGAAGCUGUUUGUGAGAAACAAGUCAAGAUUAUCAGAAUAGUGUUGGGAGAUGCAAUGUAAUACCAUGACUCAUAGGAAAUGAGGCUAAAUGAUUUCCCCUCCCCCUUUACGUGUGGCUGUGCUGUACAAGCCUGACAAUGCUUCAGUAGCUCCUGGGAGUUUUUCCCUUGCAAUAUAGCUACUUGAAAAUUGGUGGCAAUCAGUCAAAAUGAAAAAGCACACACAUUCUUGCAAAUCAAUACUCUUGUUUAAUAUGCACCAGGUAAGAAAACAGUCUACUAAAUAAAACAGCAAUUAUGAAUGGUGAUCCACUUCACGGGGCUUUGGAAUACUGUUACUAAAAAGUUUUGUCUUUCCUGGAGAUGUGUAGCUGGGUUACAUGUCCAGGCAAGAAGGAUAAACCCAAGCUGAUGAAGUGGAAAAGCAAUACCAAAUAUGAGCUCUAUUUUGAAUGUUAAAGGAGUGGUGCCUUAACUAGAUAUUUAUGUUUGCAUUACUUUGGGGUUUUAUGGAAAAGCUUUGUCCUUAUGAAUUAAAAAAAAUGGUUCUGGUUUAA